GAUGAAGAGAACUACAGUUGCUCCCCCUUUUCUAGGAAAAAUAUCAGCCAAUCUCUUCCAACGUUUUCAGAAAACAAAGCCAUAAAAGCCAACCAAGCAUCAUAAAAACCUUUCAAGUUUUCUAGGAUUGAUCAAACAAAGCUUCAAAAGAAGCAAAUCUAAAAAGAAAGAUUUGCCCCUCCCUACUAAGUAAGUGUCUUUCUUCCCUUCUCUCUCUCUCUCCAUCGCUCAAAUUUCAUCAUCCCACUAUCAUCAAAUCACCUUCUUCGACUUCAGUACUCCCUUCUGUCCAAGCCCUUCAUGGCCAACAUGGAAAUCAAGUAGAAUUCAUUCAUGAUCAGAAAACCCUUUACUCAUCUCAGCUCAGAUUAACUUUUUUUUUUUCACUCAAAUCUGAACUAUACCUUUCCUUGAUACCCUAAAACAUGGAUUCAACUCAAGAAGUGGAUUCAAUACAUGGAGCUGCAGACAGCACAAGCCUGACUAGUAUGACAAUAAGCAGCCCCUCCACCAAUAACACCAGCACUAUGAUGAUGAUAGCUUCACCAACACCAGCAUCAUCUUCAGCUGCAUCUCCAACAACUCUAAGCCGAUACGAGAACCAAAAGCGUCGAGAUUGGAACACUUUUGGCCAGUAUCUCAAGAAUCACAGGCCUCCCCUCUCCCUCUCUCGCUGCAGUGGCGCUCACGUUCUUGAGUUCCUCAGAUACUUGGACCAAUUUGGGAAAACCAAAGUUCACACUCAACUUUGCCCGUUUUUCGGGCAUCCAAACCCCCCAUCUCCAUGCCCUUGUCCUCUAAGGCAAGCUUGGGGAAGCCUUGAUGCUCUCAUUGGACGUCUGCGAGCUGCUUAUGAGGAGAAUGGAGGCAAGCCUGAGACGAACCCUUUUGGGGCUCGAGCUGUUAGGCUAUAUUUACGUGAAGUUCGUGAUUCGCAGGCGAAAGCGAGGGGGAUCAGCUACGAGAAGAAGAAGAGAAAGCGCCCGCAGCAGCAACAGCAGCAAGCAUUGCCACCACCAAGCUCAAGCUGAUAGAGAAUGGCUUGCCAGCUAGCUAGCUGGCUUGCAGUCUUUGCAAGAUGUUCAAAACAUGCACGAGAUUUUGAUGAUCAAAAAUCUCACCUUCAAGUAAUUCUUAGUACUAUUAUUAUUGUCAAGUUCCUAAGUACUUCUACUACUUCAAUGCUCCCUCUUUCCGUAUCUGAGUCCCCCAGCCCCACCAACUGGUUUCAAUCUGCAGAAACAAUGCUUUAGUAUUGCAAAAGUUGGAGUCUGUGCUGCUGGAUACUGCUUAUUUAUGAUUCAGACUACUGCAAAGUGAUACUUUUAGUGGUAACUGAAAUGGUCUAUUAUGGUUAAGAUCGUUA